GUGAACUCUGUGUACCAGUAUUACUUUUUUUAUGUCAUUUCACUUUGGUUUAUAGGAGAUGAGCAAAGAAGCCAAAAAGAAAAAUGGGAAGAAAGUUGUGCCUGUUUCAUCAACCAGUGAUAGUGAAAGUGAAGAUGAUAAAAGUGAAUCUGUGCAAGAAAGUAAUGACAGUGACGAUUACUCAGAAGAGGAGUCUGAUUACAACGAUUAUUCUUAUGGUGUCGAGUAUGCCCGCAGUGGUCGCGCACUGUGCAGAACUUGCGAUAGUCUCAUUCCAAACAGGUCUCUAAGAUGGGUUGUGGCGUUCAACACCCGACUUGGAUAUCGUCAGUACAGGCAGAAGUAUUACCACCAUUUAGAGUGUUAUUUACCUCCAGACCAUGUGACAUUUGAGAGGCUUUCUAUAUCAAGUGACCUUUCAAGAGCUGACAGGAGACUGGUGACGGCGAGACUGAGAGAAAGAUGAAUUUUAUAUAGUGAAAAAGCGAAUAAUUUAUUUAUUAUGUAUCGAAGUAGGGUAAGACCUGUUCAAUUGUAAAUACGCUGGACGGAAGUAAUUGUUUAGCGUUCAGAGCAUUCCUUGUUGAGAGGAAGUCGUAAGGACACAGUCAU